AUGCGAAAUUUCGAGUGGAAAGAGAGUACAUGGCAGUCGAGUUUGGUGCUUCGUCACGGAAAGAAUCUUGUGGAUAAAAUACCGCGAGCAGCUAAAACUCUUGUUGGCUAUGGCCUCUGUGUGUUGUGCUGGAAAGCCUAUCCCGAGACGUCAUCCCUCAUCGCUCGUAGUAUCAAGAAGGGAGCGUUCUGCCUAAGCUGUUGCACUUCGAUGAUGAUGAAGUAGAUAUUGAUAUUCAAGAACUUCUCGCUCCUUGUCCUUAGUAAAGAGCACACUGUCAUACUUCUUCCAAGUAUCCUUAGACCCCUUCUAUAAUUUGCCCAAGUUCGCCAUCGCCUAGUGCUCAGGAGUAAGACGUGCGCCACCCCCACCGAUUAGCUAAAUUUACUGCAAUUUCGAGUUCGAAGCGUACCCAGUGACUUUACAGAGUAUUUGUGCCUAGCGGUAUUGGCUCCAGUAGUUGUUGCACUUGCUCACCGCCUCGCGUAUUCUGACACAUCUUGGGGCAAGCAUAGAGUGCGAGCUGCUUACUCACUGGAUGAUUUGCUCAAUUAUGUACCCGCUUAGCCACUUACCUGCUUUCUUGGUGUCGCUAAUAUCAUCCGUCCCCGGCAAGUGAUUUUGACCCAACUCAGAUCGCAAAAGACGUCAAGCGUGACGCAAACGGCUUUGAUUCUGCACAGCCUGAGGUGGUGCG